AAUACGGGCCAGCGCGCGCGCAGGACACUCUUCUUCACAUGCUGAACCAUGGAGAGACGAACUUCAGCAAAACUUCACAACUACCUGUCAAUAUUCACGUUUCUCUGCUGUUUCUCAUCAGGUGAGCUGGCCCAACUUGUGUUGCCUUAUGAAAAUGUGGAUGUGAUCCAAGGGAAGAUGGUGGUGCUGCAGGCGUCAUAUUCGAGUACGGACUUUCAGAAAAACACAGUCGUCUGGAACUACAUGCAGUCUGCUACCAGCACUGAAAUGAUCAUCUCAUUCGUCAAUGGAGACUUCAGCCAUGGCACCUCACAGUUUGCUGGUCGAGUUGGUUUUUUCCACAAUAUGCCCAACACCAACCUGUCCCUGUACAUUAACAACACCAAAGUAUCAGACUCAGGGCGGUACGUGUGCCAGGUCAUGAUCCCCGGGGCCUCAGGACUCACUGGAACACUAAACCUUAAUGUUAAAGUACCUCCUUCUAUACCGGUGUGUAAGGUUAAAGAAAAGCCUGUCCUUAAAGCAAACAUUACUCUUUCCUGUAACUCCAAUGAGGGUAAACCGGCCCCCAAAUACAAGUGGAUCAAAACCAGCCCCACAUCAGAGGUCUUCUUCUCUCCUGCAUUGAAUGAAACGGCAGGAACUUUAAAACUGAACAACCUAAGCAGUAACAUGUCAGGGAAAUAUGUGUGCACUUCAACCAACUCUGCAGGAGAGGAGACCUGCUACAUCAACCUGGAGGUCAUCACAUCGACAAAUGCCGGAAUGAUCGCUGGCGUUACAUUCGGCUGUAUAGUGGCUCUCAUCCUGAUCGUUAUCUUCCUCAUCUUCAUGUGGACGAGACGGAAAGACACCGAGGAGGAUCUGGCCAAUGACAUCAAGGAGGAUGCUCAGGCUCCCAAACGCGUCUCGUGGGCCAAGAGUGGAACAGGCUCUGACAUCAUCUCUAAAAACGGCACCCUGUCCUCCAUUCACACCAGCUCUUACCCACGAGAUGCCCACAACCACCAUCAUUACCCUCACUCUGACACCGCGUCCAUUAUUACAGCCACAGGCAGCACAGCCGGAUACCGUUCGCAACCUCCAGUCGAUGCCACCCUGGAGCGCUCAUUGCCAGGAUACAACACCAACCCAGCCCCGACCCGUGGGCCAUUUGGACCCCCUAGUAACAAUGGAGGCUCCCAGCACACCUCCAUGCCCCGGACAGCCCCUGCCCAGCCUCAGAUUCCCCGUCCGCCUGUCCUUCCCACCACCGUAACUGCUGCCAAUAUCUCCCGCAUGGGAGGGGUGCCCAUUAUGGUGCCAGCACAAAACCAAGCCGGCUCUCUGGUGUAGGACUAAAUCACUUCUGCUGGAAGAUCCGAAGAAGAAGAAAAAAAGAGUCUAAUAUCACACAAACUGAAGUCAAUUGAAAAAACGGACUGGAAUUGAUAAGCUUAUUGCCUCAGUAUGGAAACAGGUUGAUGUAGUUUUCUUUUUCUUAAUAUAAAAAAUGUCAACAAAUAUAUGUAAAGACGCUCAUUUUAUUGUUUUAUAAAUUCAUAGUUUUCUACUGUUCAG